UCCAGGCCACUACUGUUUGUCGGUCCAACUGGGACGGGUAAAAGUGCCUACGUGUCCAAGAAAAUGAUGAGCGAUCUUCCCCAAGACAAGUACAUAGGAUCUAUCAUUACCUUCUCUGCUCAGAGCAGUGCUAAUCAGACCCAGGUGAGAGCAGUGCUAAUAAGACCGAAGUGA